GAUGAACCGCGUUGGUAACGUGCCACCCCCUCCCGGUGGAGUACUAGGAACACCACCACAGCAAGGAGGAUGGCCUACACCACCUCCACCGCCUCAGAUGCUGAGCAGCAGUGAAAUAAGUUCCAAUUACUCAGGGCCACGCCCACCUCCACUCCCACCUCCAUCUCCAAGCAUGGCACUUGGAUUUAAUAAGAGCACAUUCAGUUAUGAUGAACUAGCAGCAGCGACAAAUGGGUUCUCUCAAGCCAACUUGUUAGGUCAAGGUGGAUUUGGAUAUGUACACAAGGGAGUAUUGGCUGGUAGUGGUACGGUGGUAGCGGUGAAGAGCCUCAAGUCCGGCAGUGGACAAGGAGAGCGUGAAUUCCAAGCAGAGGUUGAUAUCAUCAGCCGUGUCCACCACCGUCACCUGGUGUCUCUCGUUGGCUACUGUAUAGCUGGUGGGCAGCGGAUGUUGGUGUAUGAAUUUGUUCCCAAUAAAACACUCGAAUACCAUCUUCACGGACCUAAUCGUCCAGUCAUGGAUUGGGCAACAAGGCUCCGGAUUGCAGUGGGAUCAGCUAAAGGACUUGCAUACCUUCAUGAAGAUUGCCACCCUCGCAUCAUCCAUCGCGAUAUCAAAGCUGCUAAUAUUCUACUUGACGAUAAUUUUGAAGCCAUGGUGGCGGAUUUCGGACUGGCUAAGCUAUCCUCUGACAAUUUCACUCAUGUAUCCACGCGUGUAAUGGGGACUUUUGGGUAUUUGGCUCCUGAGUAUGCAUCAAGUGGAAAGCUAACUGAUAAAUCCGAUGUCUUCUCAUUCGGUGUAAUGUUGCUGGAAUUGAUUACUGGAAGACGCCCUGUGGAUACUACUAAUAGAUACAUGGAAGAUAGUCUAGUAGAUUGGGCUAGGCCUAUUCUAACACGUUCCUUGGAAACUGGCAACUAUGACGAAUUAGUAGACCCGCGCUUGGAGGACAAUUAUGUACCCCAUGAGAUGGCCCAGAUGGUAGCAUGUGCCGCUGCAAGCAUUCGCCAUUCUGCUAGAAGACGUCCAAAGAUGAAACAGAUUGUGCGUGCAUUGGAAGGCGAUAUUGCAUUGGAGGAUUUGAAUGAGGGCGUAAAACCUGGGCAAAGCUCUGCUUUUUACUUAUCAAGUACGACUGGGAGCUCAGACUAUGACACAACUACAUAUAAUGAAGACAUGAAGAAGUUUAGGAAGAUGGCAUUGGAAAGCCAAGAAAUGAGUGAGUAUGGAGCAACAAGUGAAUAUGGGCUCAAUCCCUCUUCCUCAAGCAGUGACUCUCAAGAAAUGAGCCGUAAGCAUAUGCAUUGAGCAUUGAUGAUUGAGAGAAAU